UCGCAUCAUGACUACAUUAAAACCUGACUAAACAAUGCAUUGACUACAGGACUUGCAUGCAAAAUGGAGUAAUGCUUGUAGCUCGCAUAUUCUUAGAAGUAAAAGUAGUAAGAUAUAGAUAGCAGAUACCUGAAACACAAUGAGUGUUGACGUGAAGAAACUGAAAGUCAACGAAUUAAAAGAGGAACUCCAGCGCCGCGGCCUGGACACCAGAGGCCUGAAGGCAGACCUGGUGGUGAGGCUGAAAGCCGCUCUGGAGGCUGAAGCUCAGGCUGAUGCCACAGAGCAAGGGGAACAUGAAGAGGAGUACCACGAAGAAGAGGGAGAGGAUGCCCAAGCGCAACAAGAAGUAGCUGAGGACUAUGAUGAUGAUGGAGAAGGUGAUGGAGAAGGUGAUGUCCCUGAAGAGGAGGAUGAGGGUAGAGAUUCAGGUGUUUACUACGAGGAAGAGGAGGCAGAAGGCGAGCCUUAUGAAAGUCAGCCGAUUUCUGACCCGGAUCAGAGCAUGCCUGACUUCACAGCAGAUGUUGAUAUACCGAAAUCUGAAAUGGUGUCCGAAGAAGAGACAAAGCCUGUGCUGGAGCCAGAGGAGAAAUUUGAGAGCAACUCAGAUGUGAAGGUGGAGGUCAAACUGGAAGAUGUCCCUGAGUCAGCUGGAGCCAAGCAACAGGAUAAUCACGGGGCAGAGCAGCAAUGUGGGGAAGAUGGCGCAGGUCAGGCUGAACAAAUCAAAGUGGAAGGUGAGAGAGGUGGCAACUACAGCCGCAAGAGACCAUAUGAGGAGAACAGGGGCUAUGGCUACUAUGAGCACCGUGAGGACAAGAGGUCCCGCACACCACAACCCCCUGCUGAAGAUGAGGAAGAGAACAUAGAUGACACUCUUGUUACAAUUGAUACAUACAACUGUGAUCUGCAUUUCAAAGUGUCCCGAGAUCGCUACAGUGGUUAUCCAUUGACCAUUGAAGGCUUUGCUUACCUGUGGGCCGGAGCACGAGCUUCACAUGGUGUCACCCGGGGCCGUGUGUGUUAUGAGAUGAAGGUCAGUGAAGAAAUCCCUGUGAAGCACCUGUCCAGCAGUGAGCCAGAUCCCCAUGUGGUCAGAAUUGGCUGGUCCCUCAACCAUUGCAGCACUCAGCUUGGUGAGGAGCCCUUUUCUUUUGGGUAUGGAGGAACAGGAAAGAAAUCCUCUGACUGCAAGUUUGCAGACUUUGGUGAGAAGUUUCGUGAAAACGACGUCAUCGGCUGUUACAUUGAUUUUGACAGUGGUGACGAAGUGGAGAUGGGCUUUACUAAGAAUGGAUUGUGGUUGGGUGUUGCUUUCCGGACAACCAAGGAGGCGUUGGCUGGCCGUGCCCUGUUCCCUCAUGUACUGGUGAAGAACUGUGCCGUCGAGUUCAACUUUGGACAGAAACGGGAGCCCUAUUUUCCCCCAGAGGCGGGAUACACCUUCAUCCACAAUCUUGACAUGGAGGACAAGAUCAGAGGCACUAAGGGACCUGCCAGCAAGUCUGAAUGUGAGAUCUUGAUGAUGGUUGGCCUGCCUGCCUGUGGAAAGACUACUUGGGCCAUAAAGUAUGCGGCGGCUCACCCUGAUAAAAAGUACAACAUCCUGGGAACAAAUGCCAUCAUGGACAAGAUGAAGGUGAUGGGUCUGCGUCGUCAGAAGAACUACGCCGGGCGCUGGGAUAUUCUGAUACAGCAGGCCACCCAGUGUCUGAACAGGCUGAUCGAGAUCGCUGCUCGCAAGAGACGCAACUACAUCCUGGAUCAGACAAAUGUAUAUGGAUCAGCAAGGAGACGAAAAAUGCGUCCUUUUGAAGGUUUUCAACGCAAGGCUAUUGUAAUUUGUCCCACGGACGAGGAUUUAAAAGAACGAACAUUAAAGCAAACCAAUGAGCAGGGGAAGGAUGUGCCCGAUCAUGCUGUGUUAGAAAUGAAAGCCAACUUUACUCUCCCUGAGGCUUGCGACUUCCUGGAGGCGGUGACGUUCAUUGAGUUGCAGCAUGAUGAGGCUGAAAAGCUGAUAAAGCAGUACAAUGAGGAGGGCCGCAAGGCUGGCCCACCCCCUGAGAAACGCUUAGACAACAGGCAGGGUGGUUUCCGUGGACGCGGUGGUGGUAGUUUCCAGCGCUACGACAGCCGUGAUGGGUCCCGCGGUGGCUACCCGAACCGCAGCGGAGAAGGAGGCGGUGGAUACAGAGGAGGCUACAGUCGUGGCAACUAUAACCAGAAUCGCUGGGGCAGUAGCUACCGUGACGGAGGCUCUGAUGCACACAGUGGAUAUAACCGCAGCCAGCAGUCAGGAGGAAGCUACAACCGCCCAGCCUCCUACAACAAGGGAGGAUACAACCAGGGCUACAGCCAGAGCUACAGUCCAGGUUACAACCAAGGCAGCUACAACCAGAAUUACUACAGCAACUACAGUCAGUACCCAGGGUACAGCCAGAGCUACAGUCAGACACCUGCCACUGGACAGACAUACAACCACCACCAGCAACAUGCGCAGCCACAGCCGCAGCAGCAGUUGCAGCCGCAACAGCAGAGCUACAACCAGCAAUAUCAGCAGUAUGCUCAGCAGUGGCAGCAGUACUACCAGAACCAGAACCAGUGGAACCAAUACUACAGCCAGUAUGGCAGCUACCCUGGACAGGGCAGCCAAGGCUCAUCUGGUUCUCAGUAGCUUCGCCCUGCAUUUGUACCUGCAUCCACCUGUGUCCUAAACACCUCUGACCUCUGCAGUAAAUCAGUUUUGUACAGACCCCACAUUAUGUCACCAACCAUACCUGUCUUUGUCUGGUUUAGCACAGUAGUCUUCAUUCCCCACCAGUCAAUGUACACAAACUAUAAACAGUUUGAUGUUUUCUUUCUUUUUUAUACUGGAUGACGUCUUACUCUGAGCAGUGACCAUUCGCUGGUAGAUCAUAGGUAUCAAAACAUUUAAAUGAAUGUUAUCUAUUAUGCAUUGGAUGUGGACGUCUGAACUGCAAACUCCAUAUUUUCUACAGGUUGAAGAGGUAAUUGUAUAUUUCUAGACUGCAUAGUGUGAAGAAAUGACAGGGCAGGUAAGAUACAGCAAAGCCUGAAUAUUUUGCUUGCAUUGAGAAGCUUAACCAAGAACAAAAUGCAUGCAUUUACCUUCAUGAUCCCUUUCUCUGUUUUACUCUUUAUUUUUCAGUAACUGGGUGAGCACAUUUUAUUUACUCCAAUAGAAACAUUCUGAAAAUUUUUAUAGGUGUUACUGUAGUAUUUAAGCCUUCAUCCAGUCUUUGAUUGAGAACAUUAUGCCACUCGUGUUAAGUAGUUGUAUGUGGGUUUUUUUUUAAUUCUUUGUGAUUGCUGUUCAUUCAGUCAUGUAGUUAACACCUGUUGUCAGACCAUUUUUUUUCCAACCUGAAAAUGAAAAUCUGAUUAUGAGCAGUUACCCAACCUGUCAUCUUGUCUUUAUACAUUAAAUGCAAUUGUAUACGCCCAUGGA